AAGGUGACAAAAAAGUAUGAAGGAGUAAAAAAAGAGAAUCAAAUCUUUAAUUUUAUGCAAUAUAUAAUAAUAAUAAAUAAAUAAACAGUAUCACCCAAAAAUUAAUUUCUCAAGAACAGCACUAUAAGAGCCCAAAUCGUCACCUCCUUUCUUUGCCUACUUCUCUCGUUUUUUUUACUCAUGAAAAGUUUAUAAUUUGGUUUCUGGUUUUAGUUUUCUUUCCAUUUAUGGGCUCAUUUGCUUCUUCUUGCACGUUAUAGUUUUCCUAAUUUUUUUUUUUGUUUUUUGUUUUUUUUUCAUUUUCUGUAGCCAUAUGUUUAUUUUCCCGAGAAAUAUUAUCCACACCCAGCUUUUUAAAUCUCUUUAACUCUGAGUCUCUGAUACUUAAAUACCACUCAUGCUUAUUAGCUCCACCAAAUCUGGAAAACCAAUAGAUUCGUUUUGCAAAAUCUCAGAGCUACCCUAAAAAUUCUCUCUUUUUGACUCACUAACCAGAUUUCGACUAGAUUUUACUCAAUUCAUUUGCAAAAGGAUAAAACUUUUAUAGAUUCCUUGAAGUGGGUGUGGGUCUAAGCAAUGCUUCAAAGAAAUUCCUAUGGUUUCUUCUCUAAACAAAAUAAAAGUGAAGUAUCAUUUGAUAGUGAUUUUUGUGUUCUUGCUUUGAUUCUCUUAUCUCUUCCUUCCCAUCAAUAAACCAAAAAUUUUAAUAUUAUCUUUGGGAAAUUCGUAAAUCCGUUGACCUUUGUCGGUAUGAUUUGUUCUUACUUAUCGUAAAAAAAAAUUAAAAAGAAAACAGAGCUAGGUUUUAGUUUUCGGACAUGGAGGUUCUGAGGCCGACGACGUCACACGUGUCCGGUGGGAACUGGCUUAUGGACGAGACUAAGAGCGCCGUCGCAGCUUCUGGCGAAGGUGCCACGUGGACGGCGGCGGAGAACAAGGCAUUCGAGAAUGCUUUGGCGGUUUACGACGACAACACUCCUGAUCGGUGGCAGAAGGUGGCGGCGGUGAUUCCGGGGAAGACCGUGAGUGACGUCAUUAGACAGUACAACGAUCUGGAAGCUGACGUCAGCAGCAUCGAGGCCGGUUUAAUCCCGGUCCCUGGUUACAUCACCUCGCCGCCUUUCACUCUAGAUUGGGCCGGUGGCGGUUGUAACGGGUUCAACCCGGGUCAUCAGGUUUGUAACAAACGGUCCCCGGCCGGUAGAUCGCCGGAACUGGAGAGGAAGAAAGGCGUUCCUUGGACGGAAGAAGAACACAAGCUAUUUCUAAUGGGUUUGAAGAAAUACGGGAAAGGAGAUUGGAGAAACAUAUCUCGGAACUUUGUGAUAACGCGAACGCCAACACAAGUCGCUAGCCACGCCCAAAAGUACUUUAUCCGGCAACUUCCUGGCGGCAAGGACAAAAGACGAGCAAGCAUUCACGACAUAACCACCGUGAAUCUCGAAGACGAAGCCUCUUUGGAGACCAGUAAGAGCUCCAUUGUUGUUGGAGAGCAGCGUUCAAGGCUAACCGCAUUUCCUUGGAACCCAACGGAUAACAAUGGAACCCAUGCAGAUGCUUUCAACAUAACGAUUGGAAACGCUAUUAGUGGCGUUCACUCGUACGGUCAGGUUCUGCUUGGAGGGUUUAACAAUGCGGAUUCUUGCUAUGACGCGCAAAACACAAUGUUUCAACUAUAGCUAAUGGAUCAUCCAUCUCUCUAAUUAAAGGGUGUAAGUGAAAAUCUUAAUUUUUCAUAUGGACAAAACAAUCAUAUUUGGUAACUGUACAAUAAACGUCCAUUGUUUUAAUUCCAAAUUGAAAUAGUAGAUAAAAGUCUCGUGACUGCAGUGACUAAGUAAUCUUUGAGUUAAAUUGUUAAUUGUUUAUUUUAUU